AUGAAUGAAGUAUUCUGUACUGCUGAAGAUAUGGGUCUUCAAAUCUUUUACCAGGAUACCGACAGUAUGCACUUAUAUAAUGAAGACAUACCAAAGCUUGCAGCAGAGUUUAAGAAGAGAUAUGGUCGCGAACUUAUAGGAAAGAACCUUGGUCAAUUUCAUAGCGACUUUGCAGAAAUAACACCUGGAAAACAAAGUUUAGCUUAUAAAAGUAUUUUCUGUGGAAAGAAGACCUACAUAGACUUACUCACUAACGAUUUAAAUGAAGUUGCAUUUCACUGCAGAAUGAAAGGCGUGAAGCAAGAUGUUAUUGCUUUAACCGCUAAUGAAAUGUUUCCUGAAGCUAUACAAUGCUAUUACAAUGAAGAUAAGAACAUUCACAUACCUGUUGGAACAUAUGACAAAGACUCUGAGUUCAGUUUAAUGAAACUUUACAAAGCACU